AUGAUAAAGCUGGGGUAUUCUCGUGUUCUUCUUUCUUGCCAUGCUCUUAUCUGCCUUUCGGCGAUUUGGGUGAUGGCCACGGCCGAUGUACCGGCGGGCCAGCGUCCCGGCUGCCGGACGAAGUGCGGCGACGUCGACAUUCCGUUCCCGUUCGGCAUCGGCGAGGAGUGCGCGUUCAAGUUCAACCCCGGUUUUGAUACCAGCGGCACUGGGUUAGAUAUCAGCGGCUUUAAUAUCAACUGCACGACCAUCGCUGGUGUCGAGAAGCCUUUUGUAAGUGCUCCAUUGUCGGGUGAUAUGAUCGAGGUGACUAAUAUCUCUUUGCCUGACGGCAAGGCCUGGAUGAACGCCAAGACGAUCUCGUCGCAGUGCAAUGACACAGCCACUGGUGAUAUGACUUACCAAUAUGGAUACCUGGACUUCACGGAUACACCUUUCUGGAUAUCGGACGAUAACAUAAUUACCGUCGUCGGGUGCAAUGCUACAGCUUAUACAAGCAGCUCUCGUUAUGUAACAGGUUGCUCGUCCGAGUGCACUCCAUACUAUUCCCCUCAGAAUGACACAUGUGAUGGUGCCGGCUGUUGUCAAGUCGAUGUCCCAAAAAACGUACCGGAUUAUUAUGGCUAUUUCAACAACAACACCUCAGAAACAUGGACAGACAGUCCUUGCAGCUACGUGUUACUGGUGGACAAGGCGGCCUUCAGUUUCAAAACCACCUAUGUCAAAUCCAAACUGUUGGAAGAGACGUACAAAGGUGGAGUUCCUGUUGUGCUGAACUGGCGAAUAGAAGCGUCGAAUUGCGAGCAAGCUAAGAAGAACACGACUUCAUAUGCAUGUGUUAGCAGCAACAGUAUGUGUGUGGAUUCCACCACCAUGAAGCAAGGUUACCGCUGCAAUUGCUCCAAUGGGUACAAAGGCAACCCAUAUAUCACGAACGGAUGUCAAGAUAUUGACGAGUGCCUUGAAAAUGCUAAUAUCUGCGGCUCUGGAAUCUGCGAGAACAUGUCAGGGCAUUACACCUGCUCAUGUCAUGGAGGGAAAGAUUGGACGGAUGGCACUUGUCAAUCCCGUUUUUCGGCGAUGCCUGUUGUAGGUGCAACUGUUGGACUAGUCGUCUUUGUGAUUGCUAUAGCAUGUGCAUGCAUGCUCCAAGAGAGAAGAAAGCUACACAAGAUGAAGCGGGACUACUUUCGGCAGCACGGUGGUCUGAUAUUAUUUGAUGAGAUGAGGUCAAAGCAAGGUAUUACAUUCAAGAUCUUCACGGAAGAAGAACUGCAGCAAGCCACAAACAAGUUCAGCGAACAACAAGUACUAGGUCAAGGGGGCUAUGGGACAGUGUACAAGGGGCUUCUUAAGGGCGACGUGGAAAUAGCUGUCAAGAGAUGCAAGACGGUUGAUGAGCAACAGAAGAAAGAAUUCGGAAAAGAGAUGUUAAUCCUGUCCCAGGUCAACCAUAGAAACAUUGUGAAGCUCCUCGGGUGUUGCCUCGAAGUGGAAGUCCCUAUGCUGGUAUACGAGUUCGUCCCAAACGGCACCCUCUUCCAGCUCAUACACGGUAACCAUGGCAUGUGUAUCCCCUUGUCUACUCGCUUGGUAAUCGCCCACGAGUCCGCGGACGCGCUCGCCUACCUUCACUCAUCGACUUCGACGCCGAUCCUCCACGGGGAUGUCAAGUCCUCCAACAUUCUUCUUGACACGGACAACCAAGCUAAAGUGUCUGACUUUGGCGCCUCCAUCCUGGCACCAACUGAUAAGUCACAAUUCAUCACACUUGUACAUGGUACAUGCGGGUACCUCGACCCAGAGUACAUGCAAACCAACCUGCUGACGGACAAAAGCGACGUGUAUAGCUUUGGGGUUGUUUUGUUGGAGCUACUCACGGCCAAGUUGCCAUUUAAUUUCAAUCCGGAUGUCCCUGCCCACGAGAAGAGCCUGUCGAUGAUGUUUAUGUAUGCCAUGAAGGAGAAUAAGCUCGACCAGAUCUUGGAUGUUGAGAUCAAGGAUGGGGAUAACACAGAGAUUAUUGAAGAGAUCGCGGAGCUAGCGGUGCGAUGCUUAGAGAUGUGUGGUGACAAUAGGCCAUCGAUGAAGGAAGUUGCGGAGAAACUUGAUAGUCUGAGGAAGGUGAUGCAACAUUCAUGGGUGCAGCGGAACCCUGAAGAGACAGAAUGCCUACUUGGGGAGUUCUCAUCGAUGGCCAGCUCGACAAUAACUAGUGUUGAAUAUUUCAGCAUCGAGAAGAAAGUUGUUAACGGUCUGCAGUCUGGUCGUUAA